CCCCGGAAGUUUUCUUUGACGACGGCGACGACGAUUUCGGAAGGCAACAGUCCCAGGACCCUCAAACCACGCAACACCUCGAGAAGCGACGCACCGGAACCGCUACGGUCUCUCAGUGAACCAACGUCAAACUGCCACAGCUCCAUUUCCGACUUUCUCAGGCACAAUGAUUAUCCCCGUUCGCUGCUUCUCUUGCGGCAAGGUCACCGGAGACCUGUGGGAGCGCUACCUCAAGCUCAUCGACGACGGCAUUACGGAUGGCGACGCGAUGGACCAGCUUGGCCUGAAGCGCUACUGCUGCCGCCGCAUGGUCAUGACCCACGUCGACCUUAUUGAGAAGCUUCUCAAGUACACCCCCGACGGUCGCAACGAGAAGAAGAUGUCCUUGAACCCGUAAAGUGCCGGGAAUGGAUUUCACGAAUUGGAGUUUUUGGAAAACAUUGGCAUUGCAAGGCGUUAGGGAUUCUCGUGGAAGGCAGAGUACGCUGCGCAAAUAGGGGGAAAGCUGUGCUCGAGCCGUGACGGAGCGUCAGCGAACAUGUGCUUCAGUACAGAUGGAAAGCUCCCGUCUCCGACUCCUACAGGCAGCGAGAACCAGCCACCUCAAAGCAAGCUCAGCAAGCGGUGGCAAGAGGCAUGUCGAUUGGCAUCGAGACAACUACAGGCCCAGAUGCAACCCCGCCACAUGGAAAUGGACAGUGGCUGCAAUUGUACGCAGG